GACCUUUGACCUUAGAAUUCUUUGUGAUCUUGCAGCCACCAUUUUUGUCAGAAGGAAUUCUUUUUUUCUCGACCAAAACCAACAUUUUAAAGAUAUUUCUGUGCUUUCGGAAAUCUAACAAGUGGCUAGAAUGAUGGAGAAGCCAAGCAGUAUUCUUCCUAUUGUACUGCUCACACGUAUUGAUGAACAUCCUGGGAACAGGAAUAUCAGCAGAAAGGACCAGACAACAGACACAGGAAGGCGGCAGGACAAGGAAACAGAGAGACCAUGUGAGGAAACCUGCAGUGAAGUCUCUGCAAAGACUUUCCACAUUUGUGAAGAGUGCGGAUAUAGAACAAGUCGUAUGGCAAACCUUACAGUACACAUGAAAAAGCAUACGGGUGAAAACCCUUACAAUUCUGACAUCCCCGAGAGUCCAUAUGGUGACCAAAGUACCUCAUCACAUGUACAGGUUCUUACAGAUGACAUGGACUGGAAUGUGGCAGAACACACAGACACAAAGCCCCCCAGUGAUUCGGUGCAUAAAAAAUUCAAGUGUAGUCAGUGCUGGUUUACGUCACCAUACACGGCCACCCUUAUUGAACAGCACAUGAAAGUGUGUACCGGGAAGAAGCCCUACAAGUUAGACAAGUGCAACGAUGUUGCAAGCGGAAAAUACGACUUGGAGCCACACAUGGCAAACCAUGGAACUGAAGAAUCAAGCUCUGCUUCUCAGAAACAGGAUUUUGACAGACCCACAGCGCCAAAACCACAAAUAAGUGAGCAUCUGAGAAAAGAAAGCAACUCAUGUGGACUUUGUGACUUCAGAUGCGAGUAUCAAUCUCAACUGUCCCCACAUAUGAAAAUACACACAGCCAGGCCUGACAAACCCUACAAAUGUGACCAAUGCCACACUUGUUUUGCCUGUAAAAGCAACUUAGACAGGCAUAUGACUACUCACUCCAGUGACAACAAAGUUCCACUACAAACGACAGGUGAGACUAAUAAAGACUUCAAACCUUACAUCUAUGCGUGUGGACAGUGCGACUUCAAGUGUGAUUAUAAGUCUGAGCUAUCCAAACAUAUGAUCGUACAUACAGGUGACAAACAUCCCUACAAGUGUGACCAGUGUAGCUAUGCCUCUGCAAAGAAAUACUAUCUGGACAGGCACAUGACUACUCACUCCAGCGACAACAAAGUUUCACUACAAAGGACUGGUGAAACUAAUAAAGACUUCAAACCUUACAUCUACGCGUGUGGACAGUGCGAUUUCAAGUGUGACUAUAAGUCUGAACUAUCCACACACAUGAUGACACACACAGGAGACAAGUACCCCUACAAGUGUGACCAGUGCGGCUAUGCCUCCUCAAAGAAACACUUCCUGGACAAACACAUGCUGAAGCACACUGAGCCCUACGUGUGUUGGUGCGGCUUCAGAACGGCAGACAGUUCGCUAUUACUGGUUCACAGGGCAACACACACCGGAGAAAAUCCCUACAAAUGUGAUCAGUGCGACUUUUCGACAUCGUCUAAAGACAGUAUGGAACAGCACAAGGCAACACACACCACUGAGAAAGACGAUUCGGGUGAUCAGAAUGACGUUUCUGUAUUGUCAAAAGACAGCACGGAAGAGCAGAAUGCUGAACACACAGCUAAGAAAGACUAUUACAUGUGCGGGGUGUGUGACUUCAUGACCCCAGACAGAAUCGUUCUAUCCCUGCAUCUUAGCGAGCACACGGGGAAAGCACCCGACGUCUGGGACCACACCUACGCUCUCCCACCUGCCGCACUGAAUGCGGUCGAAAAAUCUUACCUGUGUGAAGACUGUGGCUUCGAAGCAUCAGAGGCACGUAAACUUGUCAUUCAUAGGAGAAAGCAUACAGGUGAGAAACCCUACCUGUGCGAUACAUGCGGGAUCGCCUUUGCGCAUGGAACUUCCUUGACUCGUCACUUGAGGACCCACACAGGUGAGAAACCGCAUAAAUGUGACCAGUGCGACUACUCUGCUUCCAAUAAGAGAUGUUUAGACCUACACAUGGCUAAGCACACGGGGGAGAAACCCUACGCGUGCCAGUUGUGUAGUUUCAGGACAGCUAAUAAACAAGGCUUGGCCCUACACGUGAGAAGACACACAGGGGAGAAACCCUACCAGUGCGACUUCUGCGACUUUUCAGCCGCGCGGAAACACACCAUCGACCUCCACAUCGCCACGCACAAUCCAGCCAAGUACUUUGAGUGUGAUAAAUGUGAGAUGAGGACGGUCAGUAGACAGUACCUGAAGCGCCACAUGGCCAAGCAUCAGAAGAACCCGUAUUACAGGUGGAACCCAAGUUACCAGAGCUCAAAUUACACAGGGAAGUUAUACCAGACGAAGGUUGAUGACUAUGACUAUGAUGAUGAUGAUGAUGACGAUGAUGAUGAUAGCAAGGAGGAGGAUCCGGAGGAGAUGGAAAGUUGGAGUGAUCUAGAUGAUGAAGAUGUUGAUUUUGAAGAUGAGGAGGAGGAAGAGGAAGAGGUACAUGUAAAGGAAGAGGUUCAAGAUCGUAAUGACUUAUACGACUUCUAUGGUACACAGGAAAGUAAUGUACCAAAGGUAGAGUGACAGAAAUUCCUGUACUCUGAUAUGAACCCAGGACCCUGUACUAGUAGUACAAGGAAUGUGAUCAUGGAGCUUUGAUGUGAUAAAAAAAGUUGGAUGAAUCUUGCACUCAUGAUUCUGUGAUAUAGGCUUUUUUGGUAAGACAAAAAUUCCAGGACAGAACUGUUUGUAUUUAAAAAGAUUGAAUGGGGGCAUUAUGAAGCAGCUCAGAUUAACAAACAGUUCUACCCUUCCCUGGUAAGUCAAAAUGAGAUAUUCUUGAAGGGGGGGUGUACUGUCAGGCAAAUCACAGUUAAAAACUGUUUGACCUAGUAGCAUUUCUGGUCAAUCUAAAUUUUAUGGCUGUCAGAGAAUCUGCUCCCCUGAGUAGGGGUGCAUGGUUAGGGCAUAGGGGCACAGAGCCCUUGUUACCCUAUUUACAUGUGGAAAAAUGAAUUGCAGGAGAUUUUUGAAAAGUGUAUAAAAACAUCCUCUGGCUAAUGUGAGAGUCUAUUUUCUUUGUACGUAAUAUUUUCCCCAUGACUCAUGGCUGGGUGUAACCCACACCUUAUAUAAUUAUAAGUAAUCAUUUCCAAUGUCAUUAGAAUUAGGACAUUCUGCUACAACUAUAAUUGUAUCAGUCUAGUUUAGUAGUACAUUUAUUCAGAGGCUUGAAUAAUGUGACAACCUAUGUGCUUUUGUACAUCUGU